AAGGCGGAAGUGCUCCUCCCACGUUUAAUUUUUUUAUAGCAAGAAUGACACAACCCGAAGGACAACACAAAAUAAGAGUUUAAACCUCGAAGGAAAGUACCAGAGAUUUUGUCGCUUGAAAGGUUGUUGUUUUUUGGAAGUUGCGGGUCACGAAGUAGCUUGGAAAGAGAAUGAUAUCUGCAGUUUGAAACGAAAGACUUCGCUGAUUUUUGGGUUCGAGUGACCCAGCCAGGUGUCAUGGUUCUGAGCAAGCACACAAGCGGAAGUGGGGAGUCAAGUCCGGACGGGGAGACCGAGUCUGAAACGUUGAAGGCGAUGAAACAUUUCCCACGGUACGGCUCCAUCGUGGGCGAUACCUGCCCCACCUGUCGGGGCACUGGACGAAUUCCAAGAGGUCAUCAAGACCAACUGGUUGCCGUAAUCCCGUGCAAUGAUAAAAGACUCGAACCCAGACGCACGAAGCUGUACGUGUGCGUGUCCAUGGCGCUGUGUCUCUUCCUCAGCUGCCUCAUCCUCUUCUUUCUCUUCCCCCGGAGCAUCACGCUGACCCCCGUGUCGGUGCUGUCCGUCAUGGUCUACUUCACUCCGGACACAGUACAAAUGGAAGUCACGAAUCUCAUCAGAGUCAUCAACGACAACUUUGUUCCAGUCCAAAUCAUGGCGCUGGAUGUCCAGGGUCUGAUCUCCCGCGUGGUGGUGGGCAAAAUCAAGCUGUCCAACAUGACGGUCAUCCCAUCACGCUCGGACAAAUCGUACACUUAUAAAAUUGACCUGCCGGUCACCGAUAAAGGCCUCAGUACUUAUUGCCAGUCCACGGUCAUCAAGAUCCACACCUUAUUCCUGGAGCUGCAGAUGACCAUGAACAUCUCAUAUUUGUCCCACACCGAGCAGCUUUCCCUGGAGACCUUUGAGUACAUCGACUGCGGCACCAACUCCACCAUGCCGCAUCCUGUCAGAUAAACUUGAGCUUUUUUUUUUGUUUUUGUAUUUCACGAGCAGUUUUCAUGGGAGAACUCAGGAGUAUAAUUAGGUGUCCGGUGUGCUGUGUGGAUUAGAUGAGCAGUAACCCCCCCCCCCCCACACACACACACACACACUUCCUCACAUCUGAGCUCUGUCGAUUAAGAUGUUAUAAACGGGUAUGCGUACACCCUGCUUUGCUGUGACCAAAGAUGCACCUUUGUGACACUUGAAUGCAAGAUUAAUCUCAAGAAAAUAUCUUUGCACUUUUUUUUAAUGUACCAAGUCAAUUUCAGUUUUGACACCUUGAAGGGAAUAAAACUAAUCCAAGUUUGUGUAUGGAAAUUGAAAUGUCCAGUAUUUAGAUGACGAACAGUAUUUAUGAUCAUUAUUUUGAUUGUGUUCACGUGUAACUGUUCAAUGUGCUGUUUUAAUCACUAAAUAAAUCUAAAUAUUGAAAUAUA